CAAUUAUAAGUUAACUUUAAAAUCGAAUCGAUGGAUAAGUAGCAAUCUUUUAUACAUGUCACAAUGUAUGAUUCUCAAUGUUUAAAGUGAUGAGUCAAGGGCAUUCUAUUGGUUUUUAAGUAACAAGAAGUGAGAUAAGGUGUGCCCAUGACUUUGCCACACCUAUAAAACGUGCCAUCCACCAGCUCUUUCUUUAAUGUUACCUCAGGUGCUUCCGUCAGAAAUCUGAAGUACUAGCUAUAGCUUAUUUUGCCCUCCAAUUUUUUCUUGCAGUGGAGCCUAUUCCUCAGAGAACAACAUACUCUCUCUCUCUCUCUCUCUCUCUCUCUCUCUCUCUCUCUCUAUGUUUGCUUCUUAACAUUCCCGUCUCAAUAAUUUGACUUAGAAUUUCCAGUCUAUUUCUCUCAUAAUAACCUUUUGUACUACUUCCCCAAACAGCUGCAUCAUCACCACAAUCCCACAUUGUUUUUUCUUCUUCUUAAUUGUGUUGUCCUGUGUGUGUUUUUUAUAUACAAACUACCCUUCUCAUAUUCAUCUUUUUAUAAAUGGUGCACAAGCAAAUUACUAAACGAAACCGAGUUUACUCACUCGAAAGCAACAAACUGCUUAGAAUCGCCUUCACAAGAAAAUAUGUGAAUUACUUGGAGCCAGCUCUGAAAAAGAUCAAUGAAAAGACUUCAUCAGCAUCAUCGAAUACAAUCAAACAAAAUGGUGACAAUGUUGCUGGUGAGCUUAGUCACCAGCUAGAGAAGCUGGUUCGAUUCGAGGUGGACAUGGCGAUGGCGGUGUCUGCAAAAGAGUUUGCAUGGAGUCGUUCUUUGGAAGCACAGCUUCAAUUAAGAAAUGUGAAGGAUGUUGAUAAUGUAGGUGGAUUUCAACAACAUCACUUAGCCUUUAAUUCCCAUGCAGCUUAUAAUUCUUCUGUGAGUUUGAACCAUCCUUUUACUCCACAUGAUUAUAAUGCAAUGCUACCAUCAAUUCACAUUUCAAAAAAGUACAAAAACUCCUGCAUAUCAAAGACAACUAGAGAGGCACAAGUCCAAGAAGUAAGAAGAAGCAAUGAAGAAGAAGCAAAGAAUAAUUGUGGGGAGGAGGAGGAGAGGACAAUAAAGAAUGGUUUGAGACAAUUGAGAAUGGUAUUACCAGGUGGGAAAGAGAUGGGUGAUGAUGUUGAAUUGCUCACUGAGAUAGCAAGUUACAUAACCUGUCUCCAGCUACAGGUGAAUAUUCUUCAAUGUCUUGUGGAAAACUAAUUAUAUAUAUAUAUAUAUAUAUUUUACUAUUUGAUCAUUUUCUUUUUCUUCUGUUGGCUUCCAUAAUUAAAUUAAUUAAGUUUUCCAUUAAGGUAGAAGUGUAGAACCUAUAUUAUUGUACGGAAAUUAAUGCAAUCAUAUAUUACGGCACAGAACAGUUUUCAUUUC